UGAAUGAAAGAAUAAUUUUGGAGAAAAUGGGCGACUGGAAACAUCUAUUUAUUUAGUCAUUAAACCUGGGUGAAAUGACCAGGAGUUGGUGGAACUCGGAUAGUAAGGUUUUGAUAUGCUCAAUUCUUAAUAUUCUUAACUUUCAGACUUGCUUGUUGGGGGAUGUGUUAUUUAGGAUUAUCAGUUGACUAGAAGGCCCUUGUAUUUUAUUGAAAGUUCUAUUAGAACAAUAAAUUUGGAGGUUUCAGGAAAUGUAACUAAUAUUCAACUCAGUUUUGAUGCCUUCUUUGCUAUGAAAUCGUGCGGAAUAUUGGCAAUAAGUUUAAAAAUUGUGGAAGGGUUUUUAUUCUUAAAGAUUUUGAAUAAUUCAUAGAAGCAUGAGUAUUUCUAUUUGUCCUGGGUAGGAAAAAUAUGCGUUUGACAUAAAUUAGGAGCCAGUUAGGAAUAAAAAAGGCAGUCUAAGUCAACUAUUUUUCUUAAUUAGAUUGUUUACUAUAAGAAAGAUGUCAAUGAACUUGUGCAAGGAUUUUUCUGUUUGGCAUGAUCAGGUAAUUUAUAAUCUUUUAGAACCCCAAAUCAGAGAAAUUAAGAAUAAAGCAAAAAAGUGAUAUCAGUUGUUGGCUUAGAAAUAUUUUAAAUGUAAACUUUUUACUCAUUGUAAGGGUAACAUGCA